UGAGGUGGAAGUGACCUCUCAUGGGCUUCCAGAGAAGGAGGCGGGGCCCCUUGCUGACAGGCCUGUCCGUGGGGCUACUGCUAAUCUUCAGCUGGGUGGCCCUUGCCCAGCCGACCUCUCUCUCAGCAUUGGCCCACCACCCCCACUUGUGCCGGUCCACCCAGGAUGCCGAUGGCCGUCACUACCUUGGUUUCUUCUGUCCUCGGCUCUCUGAUACUCCGGAGGAAGCCUACUGCUGCCACCUGCAAGCUGCAGGGGGCUUCUGCUGCAGCCGGGCCGAAUUUGAGGCCUUAUACCAAGUCAACCUGUCCGCUCUCCCGCCCCCGCCCAUCUUCAGGGGCCCGGGCCCGCUCCUAGCGGUGGGCCUCUACAGCUUGCUGCUCGUAGCCCUGAUAACCGCAGACCUCGUGCACUUCUGCUGCGGUCGUGGCAGGGGUCGGGGCCGGAGCGAGAGCAGCUGCAGGCCUCCCUCUCGGUCCUCCGCCGCGCGCCCCCUGCAGGUCUCGGUGGGAACAGACUAAG